GCUGCUGCGGGGGCGGGAGAAGGGGAGAGUCAAGCGAUUCCCUCCCGCUUCGUCUUGUGCUGGGCAAAGCACCGGAGGCAGCCCGUGAGGGGGUGGUGACUGAGGAGGGCGCUCUGGGCCCUGCCCUAUGUCAGUCUGUGCCGCAUGUGCCCCUCUGCAGCAGGGCCAGCCCUAAGGACACGUCGGCUGCCAAUCUGUCGCCUCUGUGCUUGGGCCCCGCACUGGACGCCGGCGGUGUUCAAGAAGGCAUCGGAAGCCGGAGCGGCGGGUCUUCCCCCAGAUCUCUUCGAUGCCGGCGAAUCUUUCUCGAAACUGACCUCGGGAGUUUCCCACUUGGAGGGCGCGAGGGAGCAAAGGUGGCGGGAAGGAUUAUGUGGAACCAGACAACUGUCAAUUGAAAUGAACCACCCGGAAGUGGAGAAAGAGACUCAAGAAGGAUCAGGCUCAGGGAGGGAGGAGGAAAGCCAAAGAGAUUGCCAAGAAAUUCCAGCCCAACAAGAAGAUCACCAAAGAAAAGGAAUAAAGGGGGGAAAGGCCCGUGAAUGGGAAACCAGACAGCUGUAAAGCAAGCCUCAAUACACACUGCAGAGCCCAAAUGGAGGAGCAGCGAAAUACAUUUCUGGAGCAUGGAAAUAGCUUCAGUCGGAGCUCACAGUUGCUCUCCCAUCAGUGUACCAAGGAAGAGGAGAAUGCUGGACAUGGAGAUGGAUCAAAUAUUGAGAACAGAAAGCAAAUGGACACUUGCAGGGAUGAAUCCGAUGUUUCUAGGAGUGGAGAGUUCCGCCUCAUCCCAAUCAUACGCCUCAUCCGAAUCGUACCGGAAGAAUGGAGUGGAAAGAGACAGAAAAAGCAUCCUCUACAGGGAAAGACUGCCAGUAGCAGUUCAAGCCUUAAGACAGAUCCAAGCAUAUGCACAGGGGAGAGAGUAUACAAAUGUUUGGAGUGUGGGAAAAUAUUCACAUCCAUAGAUUCAUUUACUGUGCACCAGAGAACCCACAGAGGGGAGAAACGCUUAAAGUGCCGGGACUGUGGGAAAAGAUUCAGACAGAGGGCCAACCUUGUGUGGCAUCAAAGAAUGCAUACCGGGGAGAAGCCAUUUAAAUGCUUGGAAUGUGGAAAGAGCUUCCAUUUUAAAGCACACCUUAUUUGCCAUAAAAGGGUUCACACAGGAGAGAAACCGUAUACAUGUUCAGAGUGUGGAAAGAGUUUCACUCGGAGCUCAAAACUUACUUCACAUCAAAGAAUCCAUACAGGGGAGAAGCCACAUGCCUGUGUGGAGUGUGGAAAGAGCUUUUGCGAUAAAUCUAGCCUUGGGAAACAUGAAAGGAUUCACACAAGGGAGAAGCCAUCAAAAUGUCUGGAGUGUAGAAAGAGCUUAAGUCGUCAUGACCUUCUUCGUACCCACCAAAGAAUCCACACAGGAGAGAAAGCAUUUAAAUGUAUGGAGUGUGGGAAGAGCUUCAGAGGCAGCUCAAUCCUUAUUUCUCAUCAAAGAAUCCACACAGGAGAGAAGCCCUAUAAAUGCUCAGAGUGUGGAAAGAGCUUCACUCAGUGGUCAACCCUCAAUUCACAUGAAAAAACCCACAAAGGAGAGAGACUGUUUAAAUGCGAGGAAUGUGGGAAAUGCUUCCCACAUAAAAGACACCUUUCUUCCCAUAUUAUAACCCAUACAGGAGAGAAACCAUUUCAAUGCCUGGAGUGUGGUAAGAGCUUCAGUUGGAAAGAUAGCCUUAGAAAACAUCACAGAAUCCAUACAGGAGAGAAACCGUAUAAUUGCCUUGAGUGUGGGAAGAGCUUCAUAAGCAACUCUGCCCUUACUAAUCAUCAGAAAAUCCACAGAGGAGAGAAACCAUAUAAAUGCCAGGAAUGUGGAAAGAGCUUUGGUCGUAGGGAACACCUUACUAAUCAUCAAAGGAUCCAUACAGGGGAGAAGCCAUUUCAGUGCCUGCAGUGUGGAAAGAGCUUUAAUCGGAGCUCAGCCCUUACCUCCCAUCAAAGAAUCCACACAGGAGAGAAACCAUAUCGAUGCCUGGAGUGUGGAAAGAGCUUCCAUGACAGCUCAGAUCUUACUAAACAUCUACGAGUGCAUACAGGAGAGAAGCCAUUUAAGUGCUUGGAGUGCGGAAAGAGUUUUACUCAGAAGUCAGCCCUCAACAAACAUCAAAAAAUCCACAAAGGAGAGAAAUUAUAUACAUGCCAGGAGUGUGGAAAGGGUUUCAUAAACAAGGCCCAACUUUCCAGCCAUAACAGAAUCCACACAGGGGAAAAACCUUAUAUAUGCCUGAAGUGUGGGAAAAGCUUCCGCCAAAGCUCAGCCCUUAAAAACCAUGAAAGAAUCCAUACAGGAGAGAAACCCUAUACAUGCUCAGAGUGUGGAAAAAGCUUCGGACACAAUUCUCACCUGUUUAUCCAUCAGAAAACUCACAAAGGUGAGAAACCACAUAAAUGCCAGGUUUGUGGAAAGAGCUUCAGUCGUAGUGACCAUCUUCGUACCCACCAAAGAAUACACACAGGAGAGAAACCAUUUAAAUGUACAGAGUGUGGGAAAAGCUUCUCAAGUAGUGCACACCUUGCUACCCAUAAUAGAAUCCAUACAGGAGAGAAACCAUUUAAAUGUAUGGAGUGUGGGAAGAGCUUCACAUGUAGUGCAAGUUUUACAAGGGCCAACCUUGUGUGGCAUCAAAGAAUGCACACCGGGGAGAAGCCAUUUAAAUGCUUGGAAUGUGGAAAGAGCUUCCAUUUUAAAGCACACCUAAUUUGCCAUAAAAGGGUUCACACAGGAGAGAAACCGUAUACAUGCUCAGAGUGUGGAAAGAAUUUCAGUCAGCUAUCCAACCUAACCACACACCAAAGAACACACUCAAGUGAAAGACCAUAUAAAUGCUUGGAGUGCGGAAAGAGCUUUAAGCAUGGUGCACAUCUUACUACCCAUCUAAGAAUUCACACAGGUGAGAAACUAUUUAAAUGCACAGAGUGUGGGAAGAGUUUCACUCAGAGCUCAACUUUUACUUCACAUCAAAGAAUCCAUACAGGGGAGAAGCCACAUGCUUGUGUGGAGUGUGGAAAGAGCUUUUUCACUAAAUCUAGCCUUAAGGAACAUGAAAGGAUUCAUACAAGGGAGAAGCCAUUAAAAUGUCUGAAGUGUGGAAAGAGCUUCAGACACCUCUCAGCCUUGACUUCUCAUCAAAGAAUCCACACAGGAGUGAAGCCAUUUAAAUGCCAGGUGUGUGGAAAGAGCUUCAGUCGUAGUGACCAUCUUCGUACCCACCAAAGAAUCCAUACAGGAGAGAAACCUUUUAAAUGUAUGGAGUGUGGAAAGAGCUUCACAAGAGGUACACAGCUUUCUACCCAUCAAAGAAUCCACACAGGAGAGAAGCCAUUUAAAUGCUUGGAGUGUGGGAAGAACUUCACGGAGUGGUCAACCCUCAAUUCACAUGAAAAAAUCCACAAAGGAGAACGACUAUUUAAAUGUGAGGAAUGUGGAAAAAGCUUUAAGCAUAAAACAUGCCUUUCUGUCCAUAAUAGAACCCACACAGGAGAGAAACCAUUUCAAUGCCAGGAGUGUGGAAAGAGCUUUAGUCAGAGUUCUGCUCUUACUACCCAUUAUAAGAUCCACACAGGAGAAAAACCAUUUAAAUGUAUGGAGUGUGGGAAGAGCUUCAGUGGCAGCUCAAUCCUUACUUCUCAUCAAAGAAUCCACACAGGAGAGAAGCCAUUUAAAUGCUCAGAGUGUGGAAAGAGCUUCACUCAGUGGUCAACCCUCAAUUCACAUGAAAAAACCCACAAAGGAGAGAGACUGUUUAAAUGCGAGGAAUGUGGGAAAUGCUUCCCACAUAAAAGACACCUUUCUUCCCAUAUUAUAACCCAUACAGGAGAGAAACCAUUUCAAUGCCUGGAGUGUGGUAAGAGCUUCAGUCGGAAAGAUAGCCUUAGAAAACAUCACAGAAUCCAUACAGGAGAGAAACCGUAUAAUUGCCUUGAGUGUGGUAAGAGCUUCAUAAGCAACUCAGCCCUUACUAAUCAUCAGAAAAUCCACAGAGGAGAGAAACCAUAUAAAUGCCAGGAAUGUGGAAAGAGCUUUGGUCGUAGGGAACACCUUACUAAUCAUCAAAGGAUCCAUACAGGGGAGAAGCCAUUUCAGUGCCAGCAGUGUGGAAAAAGCUUUAAUCGGAGCUCAGCCCUUUCCUCCCAUCAAAGAAUCCACACAGGAGAGAAAGCAUAUCAAUGCCUGGAGUGUGGAAAGAGCUUCCAUGACAGCUCAGAUCUUACUAAACAUCUACGAGUGCAUACAGGAGAGAAGCCAUUUAAGUGCUUGGAGUGCGGAAAGAGUUUUACUCAGAAGGCAGCCCUCAACAUACAUCAAAAAAUCCACAAAGGAGAAAAGCUAUAUAUGUGCCAGGAGUGUGGAAAAGGUUUCAUAAACAAGGCCCAACUUUCCAGCCAUAACAGAAUCCACACAGGGGAGAAACCAUAUACAUGCCUGAAUUGUGGGAAAAGCUUCAGCCAUAGCUCAGCCCUUAAAAACCAUGAAAGAAUCCAUACAGGAGAGAAGCCCUAUACAUGUUCAGAGUGUGGAAAAAGUUUCAGAUGUAGUUCAGAUCUCUUUACCCAUCAGAAGACCCACAAAGGUGAGAAACCACAUAAAUGCCAGGUGUGUGGAAAGAGCUUCAGUCGUAGUGACCAUCUUCGUACCCACCAAAGAAUACACACAGGAGAGAAACCAUUUAAAUGUACAGAGUGUGGGAAAAGCUUCUCAAGUAGUACACACCUUGCUACCCAUAAUAGAAUCCAUACAGGAGAGAAACCAUUUAAAUGUAUGGAGUGUGGCAAGAGCUUCAGAAGUGGUACACAGCUUGCUACCCAUCAAAGAAUCCACACAGGAGAGAAGCCAUUUAAAUGCCAGGAGUGUGGGAAAAGCUUCACUCAGAGAGCUAACCUUAUUACACACCGAAGAAACCACACAGGAGAAAAACCAUUUAAAUGUCAGGAGUGUGGAAUGGGUUUUGCAGACAGGAGAAGCCUCAUUUCACAUCAAAAACUCCACAAGUCAGAUAAAGUAUGAGGCUUUUCUCAUGACCAGCCUUAACCUGACUGGGCUGCCCCAAGCAGGGAUAGGCUAGUCGUGAGAAGCAGUGGCAUCCUGACGGAUCCCUCCGCUCCCCUCCCACAUAAUCCCACUAAUAACCCUGGCUUUUUGCUGAGGUUAAGGGUGCUCCUGUACCCUUUACCUGGCUAAAAGGAAUCACGUGACUCCUCAGGUUUCUUGCAGCCCAAGGAAUCACAGAAACCCGUGUAUAGAACACCCUUUGGAGGGGGCGGAAAUCCCCGAUGCAAUGUGCGUGCCCGGCCUUGCAUUGAAGGAUGCCUGGAGGCUGGAACAAGAAGUUGUGGCUCUAGGAUUCCUCAGCCCUGCUCUGUGCUUCACGGAGCUGCACAGAGCAGGGUUGUCCAUGUGGGUGCACGGUAGACUGACCAUUUACGGCCUUAACCUGGCAGUAUAUCAGUUGAACCGUUUUGCCCGGUUCACACAAUCAUUCCUAUCCAGCUUUAAUGUGGGCUACUUCUUUUAGUGUGAAUGUGUGAACCCACGCCAAGGAGGCAUUCUCAGAUUCAUUGGGGGCCAUAAACUACCUUGGCAUGGCUUCACACAAUCAUGCUGAUUUCAGGGACCCAUGCUAACUCUAGAUUCAAAUGAUUGUGCGGAUCAGGCCACUGGGGCGUGCUUCAAGGUACUUCAGUGAUCUAGGGCUUGGGCCCACAGGGCUUGGCUCAUGCCCACAGCCUCCCCUCCUGUACAUUUUGAUAAUUAACCCUUUUCAUGCUCUCUAAAGCAAUCCACACCCUCUUCCAUUUUUUGAAGCCAUUAAUCAGCAGGACGUCCUUGAUAUAGUUGGUGUGUUCUUGCCCCCCGUACUUGCUUUAUUUCCACAUUACUUUCCCUUCUUCAGUCCCUAUUCUUACAGCAGCCUUGACACUGCAUGUAGCCGGGAUUGACUGGGCAUUAGUAUCUCACCCCUCAACCUCUAUUUUUGGUUUCACCACGGAGGGUUUUUGUUGGGGCGGAUAAGCCAUACUUUGGGGGCAGGCUACCCAGCUGCCGCUCCUGGGACAUCUCCAUCACCUCCUCCGCUGAGCCCGUCAACUGGAUUGCUGCUGAAAGAUGGCCACUUCCCACCUCCUCCACUAUGUCCAAGAAGUGGGUUUCCAUUGGCAUGAGCCCUCCCCCCCCCACUCAUCUGCUAGGAUGUCGCUGGGUGUGAGGGCCAGUUGGUACCCCCUCCACCAUGCUCAGCAGCACAAGGGCUCCCCACCAUUCCCUCCACCAUGCCCAGCAUCUGGGUUGGCACUGGGAAUGAAGGCCCACUCCACUUAGUUGCCCACUCCACCAGGCCUGACCACUGCAGAGCCACCUGUAGUGAACCUUCCAGAUGUCGGCCAUGUGAUAUGGAUGGUCUUCUUCCCGAAUUAGGUGAAGGACAAAACUAAUCUCUGAGAACAAGAACAAGGCCCUAAGAACCACACAGCAGGGACCUUGGCUCUGAUUUUUAACCUCCAUUUAAUGUAUUUAUUGUUAAAUUUUUAUAUUGCCCUUCAUUAAAACCAUCUCAAGGCGGUUUACAAACAUUUAAAACAAGACUAUAAAACAAUGCGCACAAUAAAAAUAUUGAAUUGGAAUAUAAAAAUACAAAUCUAAUAAAAAGUUUAAAAAACAAACACAAUAGGCCCAUAAAAUACAAAACACCAAAAACAACACUCCUAUAAAAUAACACCAUUAUAGCAGUCUACAUGUUCCAGGGCAGCCUCCACCAUAAUACUAGCGUGUGGGCAGUGCUUGGGAAUCGUGUGUGUGAGAUUUCCUUGGCUGCCCUUCUUGGGAACUUCCCGAUAGCAUGUGGCUGAGCACUCAGGAUAACCGGAUGCUGGGCACUUCAUGCCUGGUGUCCAAUUCAUUACAAGGGAGUAAUUGCCAUUGAACUCCAUGGGACUUGCUUCUGAAUGAAAGGGGAACAAUUGAACAACCCCCGAGAAAUCACUUUGUUGGGCGGAGGGGAUAAUGGGGAAAUCCUUUUUAAAAUGCGAGUGAGAAACAAUGUGAAAAUCCUUUAAUGUAAACCUGCUAGUCUAUUUAAAACAAGAAUGCCAGCAACCCCUUUUCCUCCUGCUUUGUAAAGAAUACAUCACAGAAGAGAUUCAGCAGAAGCCUACAGAUUAAAGGGGAGAAAUGGACACUGUAUAUGUUCAGAGGGGCUGUGUCCUUUGUUGAAGCCUCUUAAUUUCUAGACAGCAGGGGAAAAAAAAGUGACAGCAGGCACCAGUAAGGGUCAUUAAAACAUGGCGUUGCUUUAUUAAGAGCAAUAGAGAGCUCAGGCCAGAGGAGCAGCUGACACUGUCAGCUCCGGAGGGGCAAGCUCUGGUCUGAGAGAGCUGUUGAACAGCCCUUCCUCCGAUUCCCAAGGCCUAGAGAAGACCCACAAGUCCUGAGGGAGGGACGGAGGGAGAGAAGGAAGUAGGGUCUUGACUCUAGGAACUCCACCCCCAGCUCCUUUAAGAGUUACAAAUGUAAGAAUUGGGUGCCUGCUUGCCCACUAGGCACCUGUAAAACUCAGUCUAUGUUACAUAUAGCUUUAAAGGUGCUUUUGAGCACAAGGCUUUCCUCAGGAAGAAAAGAGUUUUUUCUUAGCAAGAUUCAGAGCGGAUUCAGAGCAGAUGGUUUUCCUUAGGAGGACUGAUUAGUUAAAACCUUAACAGCAAGAGGAAUGAUGUCUUUAUUUUAAACUAUAUAGAACCAGAACAUUGCCAGCGUGGUGUAGUGGUUAGAGUGCUGUCCUAGGACCGGGGAGACCCAAGCUGAAAUCCCCAUUCAGCCAUGAUACCUGCUGGGUGACUCUGGGCCAGUCACUUCUCUCUCAGCCUAACCUACUUCACAGGGUGGUUGUGAGGAGAAACCUAAGAAUGUAGUACACUGCUCUGGGCUCCUUGGAGGAAGAGCGGGAUAUAAAAUGUAAAAAUAAAAUAAUUAUAAUAAUAUUCAAAAUUGUUUGAAUGGAUUAUCAAGAGAAAUGUAUAAUCAACAAUAUGUUUCAAAGAAAUAUUUACUGAUAUAUAAAUAUUUAUAUGUUUCAAAGAAAUAUUCACUGAUUGUUAUGACACCAACUUGUAGUCUCGUAAGAAACAUCCGUUUGGACUUUUUAUUUACAUUACAAUUGAUUGAUUGAUUAAGUGCCAUCAUGUUGGUGUCAACUCUUAGCGACCACAUAGACAGAUUCUCUCUAUUACAAUUACAAGACCACAUUUACAAGUAUAGUUUUGAUUAAAGAAGAUAUUUUUAUGUAUGCGUAUUUGUACAGAUUUUAAUAGUGCCAAUGAUUAUAGUCUAUGAGUGAGAUUGAUAUUUAGGAACCGAUGAUGCUAUACAACGUAUUGUGCAAGUUUGAUUAAAUAAGGUACUUUAUUUUUCAAGAUUUGUAUAUCAAGAUUUUUAUCUUAUUUUGGGUUAUUUUUGUAUUAUCAACCAUUUAUUUAGGAGGAGCCAGAGAACAGCCUAUUGAUAAGCCAAUACAUUAACUCUUUCCAAUAUGAGGCCUUUGAACCUGAUUGUUGUUUUACAUAUGGUUAUCUAGCUAAUAAUUAUUUUGUUGUUUCAAUAGCUUGUUACUGUAGUUAUUACUCUUCUUAAAUGAACAUUUAUUGUGAAACAAUUCAGAGGUAGAAGGCUUUCCUCAGGAGAAUACAGAGAGCAGCCUGGAUUAAGGCCUAUUGUGAAGAAUCCUAUAGAUUAACUAUUUCAGCUGAUGGGAGUAAACAUCUCAAUAUCAUCCUGAAGGGAUCUGAUUCAAGCAGGAGAACUGUGAAAUUUAUGAGAUAUUUCUGGUUAGACAAUCCAUAGUUUCGGACUGUGUGUCUAAAGCAGUAGCUCUAAUUGUGUUUUUCACUGACCAUUACUGUUUGGUUUGUGUGCUUUUUUAAACGAAAGAAGUGAAUUACAAAUUUGCAUUGUGUAAAUAAUGCCUGUUUUUUUAAAAAAAUUGCUUCCUCAUUCACUGUUGCAGCAAAACUGCUGAGAAUUUAAACAUUUAAUGUUUAAAGCAGAGUCUUUGAUCUGCUAAGCAGGGUGUCCCUUGGUUUACAUUUGGAAGGGCGGCUACAUGUGGGUACGGUAAGAUAUUCCCCUUCGGGGAAAGGAACAUAGCUGAGAAGAAGGCCAGUGGCAGAGAACCUGCAUCCAGAAGGUUCCAGGUUCAAUCCUUGGCAGGAUACAGGGCCGGUCCAUCUGCUAAGUGAACUAGGCGUUUGGCUAGGGCGCCAACAUCCUGGGUCACACACACCGAACUGGCGGGUGCACACACCACUCAUGGUCAGAGCGAAUGGGCAGGCAAGUGACUAAGCAGACGCUCCUCAUCUCUGUCAGCCGCCCACCCACUUGUUCUCCUUGCCACAUCCACCCACUGCUCCUGCUGCCUGCCCACCACAGCGUGUUAGAAUGACUUUGCCUCCUUGUGUGGUGAUGCCAUUGUAAUGUGCUGCAGCAGGUUGGCUGAGGCAGUAAAGAGAGCAAGUGGGUGGCCAAUGGGGACUCCCUGCCAGCUCCGAGGCAUCCCACACAAUGAGCAUAGGGGGCGGGGCAUCCACCUGGGCAAAAGGAGUGGCGGGCACUCAAGAGGGUGGGGGUGGGCUUCACCUGGGGCACCAGUAAUCCUUUGGCUGGUCCUGGCAGCAUCCCCAGGUAAGACUGGAAGAGACUCCUGCCUGAAAUCUUGGGAGAGCUGCUUUCCAGUCAGUGUGGACAAUUCUGAGCUAGGAGGGCAAAUGUUCUCAGUUGAUAUAAGGCCUUUGGGAAGUGGGGGUUUACUGUGCUUUUGGAUCUCAGCCCUCCACCUCUGUUUUUGGUCUCCCCUCUGUAAUUUUUUUAAAAGACCUUUGGGAGGGGGCAGAUUUGCCACCCCCUCUACCACGGCGUUCCUUCGGCCACCAGGGCCACCACCCCACCCUACUCAACUGCUGGGAUGUCGCUGAGCGUGAGGGCCAGCCAGUGCCCCCUCCACCCUGCCCAGCAGCACACGACCCCCCACUGCUCUCUCUGCAUGGUCAUUAGGUGGGUUGCCACCGGGAAUGGCCAGGAACCACCCCUUUGAUGCCACUCCACCAUGCCUGAUUACUGCAGUGUGGCCUGCAUGGAAGUAAACAUUCCAAAUGUCCAGCCACGUGAUAUGAGCCGUUUUCUUCCCGGAUUAGGUGAAGGACCAAACUAAUCCUUGUGGACAAGAACAAGGCCCCGAGAAUCAGGCAGCAGAGAGAUCUGUCAUGUUCUGCAACUGAUCUUGUAAUCAAGAGAAGAGUGGGGGAGUUGACCAGGUGACUCUGCCUAUAAUGUCUGGCACUGGCAACCUGGGAGCAGAAGAGCCCCCACACACACUGGGGAUUCUGCAGUGGCUUGAGCCCCCUCCCCACCCCCAAAAAGAAAUUUUGCACCCAUUAUAUGAUUGCUGGAACUGUGGAUCAAGCUUGAUGCCUAGUGCAACCCGUAUGGGCCAUCAAAUAUUGCACAGAAAUCCAUUCAAAUGGCUGCAUGCAUGGUGGAAGGAGCUUCAGCUACAGCUCAGCCGUUUUUGCCAUCACUAAGCACUAAGAAGAGGGAAACCAAAUAAAUCCAUGUGUUACACCCCAGGCACUCUGCGCAUGCUCUGCAGCAUGCCCAACACACGGCCAGGGAGUCUGGCACACAGUCCUGCUAGGAAUCCUUAUUUGGAUGCCCAUUUUCCUGAGGAUAUUCCACAACUUGACAUGAUUGACGCAAUCGAAGGAUUUUCUGUAGUCAUUAAAGCACAUAUUGACUUCUUUCUGGUAUUCUUUGGCUUUCUCAAUUAUCCAGCAUGCAUCAGCAAUUAUGUCUCUUGUUCCUUGGCCUUUUCUGAAACCAGAUUGAACAUCUGGCACUUCCCCUCCCACGCAGGGCUCUAAUCUGUGUUGGAUGAUCCUGAGCAUUAUUUUGCUAGCAUGUGAAAUUAAGGAUAUUGUGCAAUGGUGUGCACAAUCUGUUCAGUCUCCUUUCUUUGGUAUGGGUAUGUAGACUGAGGUCUUCCAAUCUGUUGGCCACUAUGUCGUUCUCCAAAUCUGCUGGCAUAUUUGGGUUAGAGCUUUGAUUACUUCUUCUUCUGUUGCCUGCCAUAUUUCCAUCAAUUUCUGUAGCCUCGCGACUUGGUAAUGACUGGAGUGCUGAUCUAACUUCAUCUUCCCGUACUAGAGGUUCUUGCAAGUAGGGAAUAUCUUCUAGAGUAUCUUGGAAGUUGAUGUCCUUGCUGUACAGAUUUUCACUAUACUCCUUCCAUCUCUGAUUGAUCUUCUCUGAGUCAGUUACUAUUUAUCCUUUGGCAUCCCUUAACAUACUAAUUCAAGGUUGGAACCUCCCUCUGAGUUCAGAGACCUUUUAGAAAACUUGCCGCCUUUUUCCGUGUCUAUUUCCAUCCUCAAGGUCUUUACAGAUGUCAUUGUAGUAUUGCUCUUUGUCUCUUCUAGCAGCUUUCUGAAAUUCCCUAUUAAGUUCCUUCCUGAGGUCUUUAUCUUUCUUAACUUUGGCUUCUCUCCUCUUCUGGGCAAUUUCCACCGUCUGUUCUGACAUCUAUUUUGCUUUCUUCUGUUUCUUGGUCUUUGGCAGUCUCUUUACACAUUCAUCCUUAACAACUUCUUUGAUUUCAUUCCACAGUUCCUCUGGUUCCCUAUCAAUGAGGUUCAGAACUUGAAAGCGGUGCCUGAUGUUCUUCUUGUAAAUGAUGGCUAUGAUUCUCAAGAAUCAUAUCGUGGAAACUGGAUAGCUUUGUUUUUCCGCUUUAGCUUUACUUGGAACUUGCAAUCGAGCACUUCGUGAUCGGGUCCACAAUCAGCCCCCAGCCAUGUCUUUGCUUUUAUAAUUCAGCUCUUCCACCUCCUUGUACCCAUAAUGGAAUCAAUUUGAUUUCUAUAUACUCCCAUCUGGUGAUGUCCAUGUGUAUAGGCGCUGCUUUGGUUGUUUGAAAACUGUGUUAGCAACGAAGAGAUCAUUGGCUUGGCAGAAAUUAAUAAGUCUUUCUGCUUUGUUUCUGUUUCCUAGGCCAUACAGUCUGACUGUGUUUUCCUCCUUACCUUUUCCAACCUUGGCAUUCCAGUCUCCAACCACCAGCAUCAGGUCUUGCUUGGAUGUUCUGUCAAUUUCAGACUGGUCUUGAACAUAAAACUCAUCAACAUCCUCUUCUUCUGCACCAGUUGUUAGGGCAUAGACUUGAGGAACUGUCAUGUUAAAGGGUUGUCCAUGAAAUCUAAUUGAUAUUAGUAGGUCACUGACCGCAUUGUACCCAAGUACUGUCAUUGCUAUAUCCUUCCUGAAUAUGAAAGCAACACCGUUCCUCCUUUGGUUUUCAUGUCCUGAGUAGUAAACGGUAUGAUUUUCUGACUCAAAGUAUCCCCUUCUAGUCCAUUUUAAUUCACUCCUGCCCAAGAGGUCAAUCUGUAGUCGAUUCAUUUCAUCUUUCACUGUGUCGAGCUUUCCCAUAUUCAUGCUGCUUACGUUUUACGUUCCCAUUGUAAUUCUGUCUUUGCAGCUUCGGAUUUUCUUUUCCCGCACGGCAACAUCAGCUGCUAGACGUCCAAAAGGCUUUAGUCUAACUGCGUCAGAAACACCACCGGUACUCUGAGAGAUCCUCAGCUCUUCCUCAGUAGCAUGUUGAGUUCCAUCUGACCUGAGGGGCCCAUCAUCCGGCACUACAUUGACAAUCAUUCCUUUGAUUGUCCUGGCGCUAUUUAGAGAUUUGGAUGUGGAUAGGGGUUUAGUGGGGUGAGAUUUAACAUUGACACAAGAUUGAUGGAUAUCCCCUUUAAAAGAGUAAUAUCUCUCCUGUUGGAGAAUGGGAUUAUCACAUAUUUUUGACAAGCUUUUAUAUUAUCUAUGUUUUGGUUCCAUAUUAUAUUUGGAUAAUUAAGAAUUUAAAUAGGAUAAAAGGCCCACAGCUUCUUUUAAAGUUUAGCAUUGCUGUUUCUUCACAUGCGCACGUAAAUAGAAUUGGUCAUUUAGACAUGAGAUUGGAUAACGAAGCACAUCCCUUGUGAUCAAAGGGGUGUGAAAACAUCUGGCAGAUGUUGUAGGAUAUAUUAAGCUUUAUCUGUACCAUUUGAAGCCAGUACAACUUGGUAUCCAGUAGGAUUUCUAAUUUAGAAACCACUGGUAAGUGCAGAGUCACUUUGGAAGAAAUAAAUGUGAGUAAUUACUAAAAAUUUCUAACCUUUUGAAUUAACAUAAUUGGUUGAAGGUACUUUUUUGUUAAAAUGAUACAUGUGUUGUUGUGUAUUUAGCUCACUUUUCCUGAUGAAGUCCUGCUCAAGCAGGAAGAAACAGGUAAAAAUUACCUAGGAUACCAGUUGGGUAAUAUUUGGACAAGGAGCAACAACUAGAAGGAGCAACAUUUGUACAAGGGGCUACCCCUGGAAGAAGAACUUGCAAGAAAAAAGAUCUGGAAGAACUUUGAGUAAUAUUUGGAUAAGGAGCAACAACUUGAACAAGAACUAGUAAGAGAGAAAAUCUGGAAGGACUUUAUAUAUCUACAUGUACAAGGACUAAGGGCAAAUUGACCUUCAGCCAUACUUUUUGGGGUCUAGAACACAGACAUUUUCUUUAGUAAUUGUGUGUUUCAUUAUAUAUGUUUAUUUUAUCCAUGUUUCUUGAAAGUUGUGUGUGUGAAUAGACUCUUAUACACGGUAUAUAUACUACCUAG